CGCCAAUUCGUCGUUGACUGGGAGCUCAAGGUGCAAGAGUUUGAGCAAGCGGCGGGGGUUGAGCUUGCCGCCCCGAUCAAGUCGGCUAUAUUUGCGGACGCGCUGCCGAGAGUGGCGGCCACUCAUGCUCAGUUGGCUGGGUGCCCGGCCUUUCGUGCCAUUCGCCGAGCUCGCGGGUAGGCUGGUGCUGGAGGACGACAACGCGCGAGAGAGGCAGGGGCGCAAUAGGAACCCGCCGCGCGCGCCGCAUGAAAUGGGGGUUGCCCAGUUCUACCCUCUUCCGUUCGAGGGCUACCGCGAGAGGGACAUCCUAGAUGUGGAGCGCCGCGAAGCGCAUGGGUCGCGUCGCGAACGGAAGCGGGGACGUCAAGAAGACCAGCGCCACUACCAGUCGCGCACCCCAUUCCAGCGCUCGCAGAGUAUCCACCCCGAAGGAAGACGGCGUAGUCCGUCUCGAGGACGAUCGGUGUUGUCGCAGGGAGCUGCGGACCGCCGUUAUCGGGCGGUGCGAUCGCGAAGCUCUGCGCGUCGCGAACAACCAGCCUUUGGCUUCCCUCCGCAGAAGCAGCAGCGGGGUCUCUCCUUCGAGAGAUACCUGAGUUCACGGCUGUAGGAGCUGUGGCAGCGUGGGUGUGUUCAGCUGCGUGUGCUUGUCUAGCGU